AACAGCCAUUCGAUUCCCAAUAUCUCCCGAGAAGAAGGCCAGGUUCAGAAAACCAGAGCAUACGAUUCGACACUUCCACCUUUUUUUCCCCACAUCUUCUUUCAUCGUACCUCUCGAACUGCGUCGCUGAGCCCGAGCCCGAGUUCGAGUUCGAGUUCGGUUCGGACCCCUUUCGACACCGCCGCCCGCCGUCCCCGCCGGCGACGCGCCGCCGCUUCUGUCAUGGCUUUCGCGGAGUUCCGGCCGCUGGACGAGAAGUCCCUGCUGGAGUACAUCCGGCACACCCCCGCCCUCGCCUCGAAGCUGGGGAACAAGUUCGACGACCUGAAGAUCAGAGAAGUCGGAGACGGCAAUCUCAACUUCGUCUACAUCGUCGUGGGCUCUGCUGGCUCUUUCGUCAUCAAGCAGGCUAUCCCUUACGUUCGGUGCAUUGGGGAAUCAUGGCCAAUGACAAAAGAGCGAGCAUACUUCGAGGCAGUGGCAUUGAAAGAGCAAGGGCAUUGGUGCCCGGACCAUGUUCCGGAGGUUUAUCACUUUGACCGUACUAUGUCUCUAAUAGGCAUGCGUUACUUAGAGCCUCCACAUAUAAUCCUGAGGAAGGGAUUGAUUGCUGGAAUUGAGUACCCAUUACUUGCCGAGCACAUGUCAGAAUAUAUGGCAAGAACACUCUUCUCCACGUCCCUUCUGUAUCAUUCCACCACAGAGCACAAACGUGCAGUAGCGGAGUUCUGUGGAAAUGUCGAGAUGUGCAGGCUGACUGAGCAGGUUGUUUUUUCUGACCCUUACAAAGUAUCCCAAUACAACCAUUGGACUUCCCCUUAUCUGGAUGCUGAUGCUGAGGCUGUAAGGGAGGAUAAUGAUUUAAAGCUUGCAAUAGCUGAGUUGAAAUCCAUGUUCUGUGAAAGAGCGCAAGCACUGGUACAUGGAGAUCUCCAUACUGGUUCGGUCAUGGUUACCCAAGAUUCGACCCAAGUAAUAGAUCCAGAAUUUGCAUUUUAUGGGCCAAUGGGGUUUGAUGUUGGAGCCUUCCUAGGAAAUUUGUUUUUGUCAUUCUUCUCUCAGGAUGGGCAUGCAAAUCAAGGGAACGACAGAAAGGGAUACAAGGAAUGGAUUUUGCAAACCACUGAAGAGACGUGGAAUCUAUUCCAACAGAAGUUUGUAAGCCUUUGGAAUGAACACAAGAAUGGGUCUGGUGAGGCAUAUCUACCAGCAAUCUAUAACAAUGACGUGCUGCUCGAGCUGGUCCAGUGGAAAUUCAUGAAGGAUUUAUUCCAUGAUUCUCUUGGAUUUGGGGCUGCCAAAAUGAUAAGGAGAAUUGUUGGGGUUGCACAUGUGGAGGAUCUUGAGUCCAUAACUGAUGCUAGUAAGCGUGCAGACUGCGAGCGCCGAGCUCUCAAUUUUGCCCGGAUGCUUCUGAAGGAAAGGCGAAAAUUCGAAGAAAUCAGUGAAGUAGUCUCAUUAGUUCGGAAAUCAAACUAACCCUUGGGCUUAAUGUAUUGAGGUUUCUUGUGGGUCCCCCCUCCUUCACAGUUGUGUCCUUAUGCAUUUCGAAGCUACGGAGGCUCUGUAUUUCCAAUGUAGCGUCCCAUGCACUGCCUGCUCAAAUCAUUAGCAGCUCUAUGCUGUCUUUGAUGGUUAGUUCCGCUGGCAAGUCCUUGCUCCGAUGAAUCUACUUGAACUUUGUCUAUGUCGGAUCAAUGGAUGAUGACUAUGCUGAGGCCUUUCUCGACUUAGCUUGAUGCAGAGCUGCUUAUGGAACUACCAUAUGCAGAUGGCGAUUCUUUUU